CAUGCAGGUAACUGUGCGCUGAAUUUCUCGUCAAAUCCAUACCCACCAACCGGCGAGUGCGCCGGCGUCCAAGAAAAAAUAGCCGACUGGGACAGCUUCCCCAAAACUCUGUGCUGCCGAAAUGCCCUCGCCGUGUUGUCCCAAGCCUUAGCGGAGCAGGCGCGCAGUACGCCGCAGGGCACGAUUUUCCCUUCCAAAGAUAUGUGGAGGAACUGUAACGCCUCCUUCUCGCCGGAAUUAUACUCGGCUUUCGUGGAUUCGUGUGGCUUUGACGAUUACCUUUUCUUCGGCGGCAGCCAGUGCUCAAACUUUUCUUUCGCCGCCGUUCAGAAGGAGAAGCCUUACCAGAGUGCCAUGGACACGUGCUCUCACAGCUUUGGCAACGCAUUUGACGAGGCUUGCGCAAAUUGCACCCCUGCAAUAUUAGACGUGAGGAAAGAUCUACUGGAGCUAUCUGAAGAGAAGGACGACAACGAUAUAGAAAGAUCCAUAUGUGGCGUAGCUGCUGUUAUUUCUGUUGCCGCCGGGAAACCGGACAAUGGCUCGUUUAUUGACGACUUUUAUCGAUGUUUGCCUGCUUUACUCCAUUCCGAUUCUGUGGCAAAAGCACUAUUUGCGAUCCUGAUAGCGAGCAUCACGAUAAUGCUGAUCGUAUUGCUGAUAAAAUAUGUGACGAAGAAGAAGAAGAAGCCUGAUCAGAGAGCAGCAGUAGCUCAAUCGAGGGUGAAUAUGGCGGCCACGUGGUCGGGGCUCUAUACGUUCUCAAAGGCGGAGAUCGAGAAUGCCAUAAACUUCGGGAACGACGGAAAGGUAUGCCUUGGGCGGGGAUCUGCUGGGCGUGUUUACAAAGGUGUUCUUCCCAGCGGCCAAGUUGUGGCCAUCAAACACAUAAAUAUGACCAACACCUCCGAUUCUUUUAAGCGGGAAGUCGAAAAUCUUUCCAGGGUUCGCCAUCCAAACCUCGUUUGCCUCUUCGGUUGCUGCGUCGAAGAUGGCGACCAAUAUCUUGUCUAUGAAUUUUGUCCCGCUGGCAACCUCGCUCAACAUCUCUUAAGAAAAGAUACCCUUUUAACAUGGGAUAUAAGAGUUAAGAUUUUAAGAGAUUGUGCGCUUGCACUGAGGUAUCUCCACCAUUAUAUAGAUGGCUGCAUUGUUCACAGAGAUAUUAAGCUUACGAACAUCCUUUUGAGUGAGAAUUUGGAGCCAAAGCUAUCAGAUUUUGGUUUGGCAAGAAUGUUGGGGAUGGAAGAGACCAAAGUAUUCACUGAUGUGAGAGGAACCAUAGGGUAUAUGGAUCCAGAAUACAUGACCAAUGCCAAGCUAACCUGUGCUAGUGACAUUUACAGCUUUGGCAUUGUUGCUCUGCAACUUCUAUCAGGGCGAAAAGUAAUUGAAUUAGAUCUUGAUGCCAGAGACCAGCUGACAAGAAUGGCAAAGGACGUACAUAUGGGAAACCGUCCGGUAUCGGAUUUUGAAGACCCAAGGCUAGGUGGAAAUUUCAACAAGGGAGACUUCGGAUCCAUCUUACAAAUUGCUGUCCUCUGCGUUGCCAACACAAGCAGAGGACGCCCAAACAUUGAGGUUGUCUUUGGUGAAAUGGAUACAGCCUGGAAAAACACCGACACUUACAAGAGAGGAGAGCAAGGGAUGAGCGCACCAGAGAGUCCCCUCUCUAGAUCCUUAGAAGCCAUUCCAGUUUGA